AUGGUCGCGAACAAUUCAAUUGAUUUGAUUGAUCAGAAUGAAACAUCAAUUAUUAUUGGAGCAGGAAAAGGUCAUCUAUCUACAGUAAGUUUAUAUGAGGAUAAGAACCUUGUGAGAAAAAUUCCGAUCACGGAACCAUCGAAAGUAUUGGCAGUUCCACUCAAACAAGAGCGAUUUCAAACUGUAAGUGUUUUUCUAUUCUUAUUCCAUGUUUUACAAAAAUGAAAUGUUUUAAAGAUGCAUAACACGGAAUUGAUAAUUUAUGAAAUCCUCAAAAACCAUCAUGAAGCUAAUAUUAGUCAUCCAAAAAUAUUUGAUAGCCAAGAAAUGAAUGUAAAGUCAAACGUCACUGGAUAUCUACUAAUGGAAUAUAUUUCUGGAUGCGAACAUGUUUAUCUUUUUGAGAAUCUGAAUCCUGAACAUUUGAUUGAACCAAUCAAACAAAUCGCAAGGUUUCAUGCUAUAAAACUAUCAGAAAAUGAGCAAGGAAAAGUUCCAAAAAAUAUGUUGACUUCUUGGAUGGCCGAACUAUUUUGUGAAGCGGUAAGGUUUUUUCCAGGGGUGGGGAAAUUGGCCUGGCCUCAUGUUGUCCUGUCCUUAAUCAUGUCCUAAACUUGUCCAGGCUUGAACAUGUCCUAAAGCCAUAUGCUCAACCUGUCCUCGCUUGA